GUGGCUUUAAAGUUAGGAAGUGUCCACAGCGCGUUUCCUCCACUCGGUCUUUCUUGAAUGUCUGGAAAGUUCUCUGCCCUUCUUAACGCAGAGAUCUGAUGCCAACAGAUACAACGUGGAUCUGAAGUGACUCGACUCCUGUCUGCACACACGGCUGCCAGCUGCACAACAACACCCGGAUCUCUGCUUUCGGGACCCUCAUAGUAUUUGUAUUGCAAUCUAAGCUAGUGGAUUGCUACUCGUCAGGGUUGUAAGCUUUGGCCAGCCACAAGGCACCCACAGUUUGCAAGCGAAUUGACCAGCUAGCUUUAGCAUAUUAGCAAGGAAGCGUCAGAUAACUGUGUGGAAAACCAUACGGAGGGAAUCCCACUAUCCCAAUGACCAUGACUGCAGACGAACAGGCGAAAGAAGGACUGGCCACAAUCCCGAUGGAAGGAGAGGACAUCACUCCGAAGAAGGACGGGGGGGUGCUAAAGUUGGUGAAACGGGAAGGCACAGGAGAAGAGCUGCCCAUGACUGGCGAUAAAGUCUUUGUACAUUAUGUGGGCACACUUUUGGACGGGACUCACUUUGACUCGAGCAGAGACAAGGGAGAAAAGUUCUCCUUUGAGUUGGGCAAAGGUCAAGUGAUAAGGGCGUGGGAUAUUGGUGUAGCCACUAUGAAAGUGGGUGAACUGUGUCAGCUCAUCUGUAAGCCCGAGUAUGCUUAUGGGUCUGCUGGGAGUCCUCCCAAGAUCCCCCCUAAUGCCACCCUUGUGUUUGAGAUAGAGCUUUUUGAAUUCCAUGGAGAAGACAUAACUGAAGAUGAAGAUGGGGGAAUCAUCCGUCGCAUAAUCACUAAAGGCCAAGGGUACUCCAAACCCAAUGAGGGAGCAUCUGUAGAAGUUACUGUGGAAGGCACAUUGGAUGGUCAUGUUUUUUAUGAACGGGAAUUGAAGUUUGAAGUUGGAGAUGGAGAAAGUUUUGACUUACCUGUGGGAGUAGAAAAGGGCAUCAUGGCAAUGGAGCAAGGAGAGGAAGCACUCUUUACUAUAAAACCCAAAUAUGGUUUUGGAACUGCAGGAAAUGAGAAGCUCGGUGUUCCCUGUGGAGCAACAUUAGAAUAUAAAAUUAAGCUAACAGCCUUUGAGAAGGCUAAAGAGUCCUGGGAGAUGAACACACCAGAAAAACUGGAACAGAGCGUCAUUGUGAAGGAAAAGGGGACGCAAUAUUUUAAGGAGGGCAAAUACAAGCAGGCAUCAGUGCAAUACAAAAGGAUUGUGCUGUGGCUGGAGCACGAGUCGGGUUUACAGGAGGAGGAUGAGAAGAAGGCUAAAGCUCUGAGACUUGCAGCUCAUCUCAACUUAGCCAUGUGCUACCUGAAGAUCCAGGAGCCGAGCCACGCUCUAGAUAGCUGUGACAAGGCUUUGGAGCUGGAUCCCACAAAUGAGAAAGCCUUGUUCAGAAGAGGAGAGGCGCUCUUCGCCAUGAAGGAGUUUGACAGAGCCAAGGAUGACUUCCAGAAGGUCAUUCAGCUGUACCCAUCCAACAAGGCUGCCAAAAGCCAGGUUUCUUUGUGUCAGAAGCGUCUAAAGGAACAGCAUGAGAAGGACAAACGCAUCUAUGCUAACAUGUUUCAGAAGUUUGCAGAGAGAGACUCUAAGAAACAAGCUGUUGCGAAGACCGAAAGCAAAGAGAACGGUAGCGAGUUAAUGGAGGUGGAAAAUGGAGAGGGGGACACGGAAGUGAAAGAGUAGUGUCUUCGGACAUACUGGGACAUUUGCGUGUUUUGUCCUGCGGUGUGAAUGCGAACGAUUUUGAUUGGCUGAGAAAGACGAGCAUGUAUGGGGAAAAGAAGGCACUGAUUCUGGGCAUGUCUUUGCUGGCUUACUGUCCAGGUUUAUAUGUGGCAGCUGUCGAAUGAAAAGAUUUAAAUAUGUGAAGAAAUACAGCACUUACCCCGCAACGCUUCGGACCUGUGCAUGUGGUUUCACUUUUGGGGGGUGAAAUGGAUCCAUCCAAUGAAAUACUCCCCCCAUUACCCGUUAAGGGCUAGACGCGUUUACUUGCACUACUGUCUUUCCCGCUUCUCCCAAAAAUUCUGGCCAUCUCUCUUCUUAACUGGGCCUACUGAUCAAUUUUAGUAGAUGGCUUCUGUUGGUAGUUUUUGUGUUUUUAAAGGGCCUAUAUUACACCUUUUUGAUAUGUCAUAAUGUUGUAUCCUCGUCAAAAACAUACCUGGGGUUGUUUGGGGUUUUUUUUUUUUUGUUUGUUUUUUUACAUUCACACAUUUUCAGCCCACAAACCCUGCAUAUUAGGCUGUUCCACCUUGUGAUGUAAUCAAAUGGUAAUUGGGUGAAGUAUCUACUGUGUUUUUUAACCCCAUACACCAUCAGUAGAGUCAUUGGAAUAAUUUGCCGCCCUGGAAUUGCCAAACUUUGAAGCUACAGCUUUCUGUGGGCAUCUCAACUGAGCAAAAGUUAAAACAAUGGUAUCUACUUAAGGCUAUUCUAGUGUAUUUUAGAGUAAAUCAGUUCAACUGAGGCAAAAAAUAACUUCAAAACUACCACUUAAUGAUAUCACAAGGUGGAACAGAGCGUUUUGAGCUUCGGAAAUGAUGCAGGAUUUCUCAAACGUGUAAAUGAAACAACACAACUUCGGUAAUGUUUAUGAUGACAUAACAAUGUUCUAACACAGCAAAAAAUUCACAUUGCUCAUUUUUGGGUAAUAUAGGAUCUUUAAGUAGUGCCUGUGUCCCUAAAGUACGUAUGUAGCACUGUGGCGUUCUGAAAAGUUGGCCUUGAAUAUUGACACAUUCUCUUUCUUAUUCUGUUAUACUGUAGGUACAAGACUGUUCAACCUUUUGCUUUGAUAAUUUUGUAUACUUCCCCAAAGUGUUGUGAUUGUUCCCGAAAUAAUAAAUACAACGUACAGCUUAACUGGAAUCUGUAUAUAACAAGCAGUUGAUGCUCAUAUGUAAUAAAUAGCAAAUUGUACAAAGAA